GGCGGGCCAUGGAGCGGGGCGGCCGGAGGAGGCGACGCCGGGGCUGCUAGAGGCCCCCCCGGCACGCGCGCCCCCCGCCUCUUGCCUCUCCGCGCGCCGGCCCCCCGCCGCAGCAGCGCCCCGAGCAGCGGGGCACGGAGCUUCAUUGGAGGGGACGCGCCCUUUUGGAUUUUAUCCAUGUCCUGCUAACUGCUACUUUGAGCUAUGGAGUCGACCGUUGAUGAUGAAGCAAUGGCAGCAUAAAUGAAGGCCAAGUAAGGAAGGCAGAACGAUGCCCAAGGGUGGGUGUUCUAAAACACCACAGUCUGAAGAUUUCUCUCUCAGCAACGACAUGGUGGAGAAACAAACUGGGAAAAAGGAUAAAGAUAAAGUUUCUCUAACCAAGACUCCCAAGUUGGACCGGAGUGAUGGCGGCAAAGAGGUGAAAGAGAGAGCUACAAAGCGGAAGUUGCCUUUCACUGUUGGAACAAAUGGAGAUCAGAAGGAUUCGGACACAGAAAAGCAGGGUCCUGAACGAAAAAGAAUCAAAAAAGAGCCCGCAGCAAGGAAGCCGAGCCUUCUCUUCGGGAUGGGCCUUUCAGGAAUCCGUGCCGGGUACCCUCUCUCCGAGCGCCAGCAGGUCGCCCUUCUUAUGCAGAUGACAGCAGAAGAGUCUGCCAACAGCCCCGCAGUAGAUACAACACCAAAGCAUCCCUCUCAGUCCGCAGUUUGUCAGAAGGGAACUCCUAACUCUGCCUCCAAAACCAAAGAUAAAGUGAACAAGAGAAAUGAGCGAGGAGAGACUCGGUUGCACCGGGCAGCCAUUCGAGGGGAUGCCCGGCGCAUCAAGGAGCUCAUAAUUGAGGGUGCUGAUGUCAACGUGAAAGACUUUGCAGGCUGGACAGCUUUGCACGAGGCCUGCAACCGGGGCUAUUAUGACGUUGCCAAACAGCUGCUGGCCGCAGGGGCCGAAGUGAACACCAAGGGCUUGGAUGAUGACACUCCGCUGCAUGAUGCGGCCAGCAAUGGGCACUACAAGGUGGUGAAAUUAUUGCUACAUUAUGGAGGAAAUCCUCAUCAGCUCAACAGGAGAGGAGAGACACCAUUAAAAGUAGCGAAUUCCCCCACCAUGGUGAACCUGCUGCUUGGGAAGGCCACGUAUCCUUCUAGUGAAGAGAGUUCCACAGAGAGCUCAGAAGAGGAAGAUGCUCCUUCGUUUGCACCAUCUAGUUCCAUCGAUGGCAAUAACACAGACUCGGAGUUUGAGAAGGGCCUGAAGCACAAGGCCAAGAACCAGGAGCCACCAAAAACCAUGACACCCGUCAAGGACGAGUACGAAUUCGACGAGGAUGAUGAGCAGGACCGGGUCCCCCCAGUCGACGAUAAACAUUUGCUGAAAAAGGAUUACAGGAAAGAGACUAAAGCAAAUAGUUUUAUUUCCAUCCCCAAAAUGGAAGUAAAACCUUAUCCUAAAAACAGCACAAUCACACCAAAGAAAGCCGCCCAUCGCAUCCUUUCGGACACGUCUGAUGAAGAGGACACCAACAUCGCUGCAGGGACAGGGGAGAAGCUGCGGAUGACCACUCACUCCAGCCUUCCCAGCAGCAAGACCCGAGAACCGUCAAAUGCCAAACAGCAGAAGGAGAAAAACAAAGUGAAGAAGAAACGCAAGAAGGAGGCCAAGGGCAAGGAGGUUCGCUUUGGCAAAAAAAAUGACAAAUUCUGUUCUUCUGAGUCAGAGAGUGAAAACCUGGAGAGCGAGGAGGACGACAGAGACUCUGUACAAAGUGCUACCUGUGUAAAAGACUCUCGGCUGGUGUUGAAGGAGUCAUCCUUGUUUAAUUCCCUUUCCGCCUCCUCUGCUUCUUCCCACGGGAGUCUGGGGUCACAGAAACAUAACCCAAACCUUACAGAACAGCACUCCAAGCACUGGAGGACAGACAAUUGGAAAACUGUCUCUUCUCCUGCCUGGUCAGAUGUUAGCUCCUUAUCCGAUUCAACGAGGACAAGGCUGACUAGCGAGUCGGACUAUACAUCGGAGGAUUCCAGCUUGGAGUCACUAAAGCCCGUGCGGAAGAAACAGGAGCACAAGAAACGUGCCCAGCACGGGUUAGCAAUGGUGGUGGAGAAAAAGAAUUCAUUCCAUGCCAAUGUUGACGGAGCUAUUCCAAAGCUGGACAAGGAAGGGAAAGUUGUAAAAAAGCAUAAAACAAAACAUAAACACAAAAACAAAGAGAGGGGCCAGGGCAUUGCUGCCCAAGACAUUAAGAUAAUCAAGGCCUUUUCUUUUGAGUAUGAGGACUCUAAGCAGAAACCUGAAAAGGCUUUGAUUGUGGAGACUGAAAGCUCUGUUGAAAGCAAGCUCAAGGCACUGAAGCACGAGCGGGAGCAGUUCAAGAAAGAAGAAAAAUUCCUCAGAACUAAAUCCGAGGAGAAGGAGUGGCUAUUUAAAGAUGAAGCUGGAAAAAAUUCCAAAGAGGAGAAGUCGCUGAAAAAAGCAAAGGAGGCGAACAAAGACAUCAGUAAAUCUUUCAGAGAAGAAAAGACUGGCAGGUCGGAGAAAGAGAAACCCAUCAAGGAGAAAUCCCCUAAAGAGGAGAAGCCUCGAAUGCACAAGGAGGAACGGAAGAGAAAAUCCAAAGACAAGCAGUCCAAGGCGGAAAAGAAAAACGAACUGAAAGAUGAAAAACUAGCCAAGCCAGAGAAAGAGAAGACCAUGAAAGAGGAGAAAGAGAAAUGCAGAAAAGACAAAAGUUACCGAGAAGAGUCUAGUUUUGAAGACUUUGCUAAUAAAAAUCAGUUUCAGGAGAGCGAAGACACCAAGUGCAGCCUCUCUGAUGAUCAGCAGGAUCGGUGGUUUUCGGAUUUGUCGUCUGAUUCUUCUUUUGACUUCAAAGGAGAAGAUGGCUGGGAUUCACCUGUGACAGAUUACAGGGAGGUGAAAAAUGACACGGUGGCAAAACUCAUCAUUGAAACCGUGAAGGAGGAAGUGAAAGAGAAGAAGCGGGAAAGCAAAGCAAAAGAGAAGCGAGAAUACAACGAGAAGCACAUUGAAAAAGACACCUUUCCAAAAAAGAAGGACAGAGAAUAUAUUGAGAAAAGCUCUGAGAAGAAAAAAGACCAAACUGAAAAGCAUAAAGGAGUCCCCAGUUAUCUUCCUGAAAAAGACAAGAAAAGGAAGGAUUCUGCCGAAAGCUUUAAAGAAAGGAAGGAAAAGGAUGCUGGCGAAGCUAACAAAGAGCGAAGAGACUUGUCCGAUAGCUGUAAAGAGAGGAAAGACGUUAAAAUUAAACAAGAAGAGUCUUAUCGAGAUGAAUUCAAAGAUUAUGGCUGUGAGGCGUUCUUCAAAGAAAAAUCUGAUCCUGAAUUUAGUGGGAAAAAUGUGGAGACUUGGGAGAGGCAUCAUUCUGGAAAGGAGAAGAAGGACGUGCCCGAGAAGGACAAGAAAGAAAAAUUAAAAUCAGAGAAGUAUAAGGAAAAAUCCAAAACAGAAGACAAAGAGAGAAAUGAGAAGGUUCUGGCUGAAAAAAACCAGAAAGACAAAGAACUAGACAAAGGCUUUAAAGAGAAGAAAGAUGCAAAAGAGAAAUAUAAAGAUCCUCACAACAAAGAUAAAGAGAGAAAGGCUUCUUUAGACCAACUUAAAGAAAAGAAGAACUUUUCUGGGGAUAGAGAAGACUUCCACGAGAGAAGGGAGGAGAAGAAGGGCCGAGAGAAAAGCUGGUACAGCAUCCUUGAUAUCUUCACAGAUGAAAGUGAGGAUGAGAAAGAUGGCUACAGCCUGGGUGGAUUCAAAGUGGGAGAGAGCAUCGGGAGCGAAAUGCACCGGCUGGAGAGUCUGCCGGAAGACAGUGGAGCGGCUGAGAGAGAUCUUUAUCUUCCUGACAAGCACAGGAAAUAUUCCUCUGAUAGGCAGCAUUCUUCCGAAAAACAGAAAGACAAAGAGUCCAAGGAGAAGAAGAAGGACAAAGGAUCAGCUGAGGGCGGGAAGGAGAAGAAGGAGAAGUGUUCCUUUGAAAAACAUAAAGAGAAAAAGGAGAAAGAUUCUGUAGAGAAGUACAAAGAGAGGAAAGAAAGAAGCUCCGUCGACUCUGCUCCAGAACGGAAGACCAAACAGAAGCUCCCCGAGAAAGCAGAAAAGAAGCACGGGGGAGAAGAGAAGGCCAAGAACAGGCACAAGGAGAAACCGGAGAAAGAGUACAUCAAAGAGAAGCGGUCUUCCAAAAGCGGAGAACCGGAGAAAAGCUUGCUGGAAAAACUGGAAGAAGAAGCCCUGAAUGAAUACAGAGACGAUUCCAACGAUAAAAUAAGUGAGAUUUCGUCUGACAGCUUCACUGACCGCGGACAAGAACCCGUGCUGGCCGGUCUCUUUGACUGUCCCGGCCUCUCUCUGGUAGAUGCCUCUGAGGAGAAAUGCAAAGAGCCUCUGUCUUGCUUGCCAGAUAAACUCAAGGAGCGAGAAAGAAACAGGCACUCCUCCUCCUCCUCCUCCAAGAAAAGCCAUGAAAAGGACAAAGCCAAGAAAGAGAAAGGCGACAAAAAAGAGAAAAUGGAGGAGUUUAAGGAUUCCAGCAGAAAGGAUUCUGCUCAAUACGAGAGAGAUUUCUCCCUGGACGGAGAAGGCUUUGGCAUUUCCUAUGGCAUGAAAACGGAGGCAGAAGACGAGCUGGACAAAAACAUGGACUUUUUGUUUUCUGACAAGAAGGAGAAGAAUGACUCUGAAAGAGAACUUCCAAAGAAGGCAGAAAAAGACAAGGCCUGUGGCUCCAACCUGGUCAACACGGCCAAAGAGAAGAAAAAGAGGGACAGGCACAAAGAGAAAUGGAAAGAAGAGCGAGAGAAGUACAGAGACAAACACCCUGAAGGGUUCUUCAAGCACCACAAAGAAGAGCAGAAGUCUGCCAAAGAGAAGGACGGCUCUCAAGUCAUCACUCUGAAGGAGAAAUCAAAAGAGGAAUCACCCAAAUUUAACGAUCUCAGAACGAAGGAGAGGCUCAAGGAAAAUCAAGAGAAGGACAAAGCUGAGUGUCUUAAAAUGAGCAACGGAAAUGACAAGGUAACCUUAUCCAAAGAGGGCAGCAAGAAAGACGCCAGGCCCAGGGAGAAGCUGCUGGGAGACGGGGACUUGAUGAUGACCAGCUUCGAGAGGAUGUUGAGCCAAAAAGAUCUGGAGAUCGAGGAACGCCACAAGAGACACAAAGAGAGGAUGAAGCAAAUGGAGAAGAUGAGGCACAGAUCUGGGGACCCCAAAUUAAAAGACAAGGCCAAGGCCAGCGAGGACGUGCGCAAGAGGAGCCUGGAUCUUGUCACAAAGAAACCCGGUGCGCUGGAUACUCAGCUGAAGGACAAGAAAGUCAAAGAGCUGGGGCCGCUGGCUCCAAUCGUGUCUCCGGAGAACAAGACUCAGCCAACGGUUGGGGUAGAUUCCAAGGACUGGAUCGCUGGCCCCCAGCUGAAGGAAAUCUUGCCUGCUUCUCCAAGACCAGAUCAGAACAGGCCGACGGGGGUUCCAGUUCCAGCAUCUGUUGUUUCCUGCCCAAGCUACGAAGAGGUGAUGCAGACCCCAAGAACACCAUCCUGCAGUACGGAAGAUUACACAGACCUGAUGUUUGACUGCGCUGACUCGCAGCAUUCGCUGCCCGUCUCCACCAUGUCCAUGAACGCUUGUUCUCCGUCCUUUUUUGACAGAUACGCCAACACUUCAAGUGGAUUCCCUGAGAACCCAAGUCAGACCCCGACAAGGACCGUUCCUUCUACCAACCUUCACCGUUCAAUGUCUGUGGACAUCAGAAGAGCCCCAGAAGAAGAGUUUAGUGUCGGGGACAAAUUUUUCCGGCAGCAAAGUGUCCCAGCCACAUCUAGUUAUGACUCUCCCGUUCAACCCUUGGUGGAAGAGAAAGUCCCUCUUCCUUCCAUUCCCAUGGAAAAGUUCCCAUGUUUAUCUCCAGAGUAUUAUUCCCCUGACUACGGAGUCCCGUCUCCAAAGGUGGAGUCGCUGCACUGUGCUCCAGGAACUGUUGGCACGCUUGUUCAGUCCCCUGAAAGUGUCUUUUCUGGUUUGCAAGCCAAAUCUUCCCCAUCUCAUAGAGACGAACUGCUUGCCCCUUCUGUUGAAAGCGCUCUUCCCCCAGACCUUGGCAUGCCUCUGGAUGCCACGGAAGAGCAGCAGGCCACGGCGUCUAUUAUGCCACCAGAGUCCAGCUUCCUGCCACCAAUUGAGGAGAAUCUGUUUGGCUCUGGCAUUCCAGAACAGAACAGUGCUGAGUGGGACACCACUCCAACGCGGACCUUAGAUGCUCCUCUUCCUCCGGCUUUGAUGGGCAGUGCUUCUGACCAUCCUGUGAGCUGGGCAGCAGGAUCAGAACUCAUGAAACCUCCCCAGCAAGGACCUGAAUCCCCAAAGCCAUUCUGUUCUCCUGACCCUGCACAUCCCGCACCAACGUCCUUCUCUUCUGCGGAGUCUCCUUACCCCCUGUCUCCCAUGCCGUACUCCCUGGCGGUGCCGGAGCCGGGGCUUGAUAAGGCGAAGGAAGACAUCGGAGGAGCCGUCCCGGGAGACACGGUGGCUGCAGACCAGCAGGCUCCAUUUGCAGAGUCCCCAGCCAGAUUAGACACGUUCUUCAGUGGCUGCAAGUCGGUCCCAGAAGAAGCCUCAGACAUGCCUUUGCAGUCCGCCAACAUGCCAGCAGAAUCCCAAGUGGAGGCCGUUAGUGCUCUGGAAAAAACCUAUGUGGAGAGCAGCACUGUGGUCCCUGUCAGUGCCGAGGAGCCGGUCUCGUGGUCUGACCCAUUCAUGAAUUCAGAAGACGACUUGGACCUCGGUCCGUUCUCAUUACCGGAGUUGCCCCUGCAAGGAAAAGACAUCCCGGAGGCUGACGCAGCAGAGUCGGCUGCCAGCGCUUCCUCCAGCAGUCCAGAGGCCAUCGGAGCUGGCCUUGUGGACAGCAAGGGGCCCUUGGGUGAGCAAGAUGACAGGCCCCCGGCCCAGCAGAGCAUCCUGCCCGGGGAGCCAGAAUCGCCGGCAGAUGAGCAGGACUGUGAAGGGGCUCUGCUGGAAGGCGUGUCUGAAGGAACCGGGGUCGGAGAGCAGAAGAGUCUGAAAGAAUUGGAGACUCCCCAGAAUCUGCAGGAGACCACAUUGCCAGAUCCUGUCCAGCCGGAAAGCAAGGGGGCGGAAGGGGAAGAGGAGGGGGAGGAGGAGAGCCUGUCCUCGGCUGCUCUUCCCUCCGGUGGUGGCUCUCAAACUGGUUUGAGCCAAGCCAGCGGUGAGGAGAGCCCGGAUGCAGAGGUGGGGACUGCAGCGAAGGGUGCCAACCAGGGCUCUUCCUCCCCAGCUGAGGCUCCAACAGAGGCCAUGGAGCCGGCCCCAAAGGUUGUGGUGGAGGCCCCCAAGCCUCCCAAGAUCGAAGAGAUCCCCCAGCGCAUCACCAGGAACCGAGCCCAGAUGCUGGCUAACCAGAACAAACAGAACACGGCGGCUUCGGACAAAGAGUUCCCCCCAGCUGCCGCCCCUGCCACGCGGGCCAAGGGGCGCGUCACGGAGGAAGAGGAUCCCCAGGCUCAGCACCCUCGGAAGCGCCGGUUCCAGCGCUCCAACCAGCAGCUGCAGCAGCAGAUACACACCUCCACCCAGCAGACGCGGGAGAUGAUCCAGCAGACGCUCGCGGCCAUUGUGGACGCCAUCAAACUGGAUGACAUCGAGCCCUACCACAGCGACAGGUCCAACCCAUACUUUGAGUACCUGCAAAUCAGGAAGAAGAUUGAGGAGAAGCGGAAAAUCCUCUGCUAUAUCACUCCCCAGGCCCCCCAGUGCUACGCGGAGUACGUCACGUACACGGGCUCCUACCUACUGGACGGCAAACCUUUGAGCAAGCUGCACAUUCCAGUGAUCGCCCCUCCUCCGUCGUUGGCAGAACCCCUCAAGGAGCUGUUCAAGCAGCAGGAAGCCGUCCGUGGCAAACUGCGACUCCAGCACAGCAUCGAGCGGGAGAAGCUGAUUGUGUCGUGCGAACAGGAGAUCCUGAGGGUGCAUUGCCGGGCAGCACGGACGAUCGCCAACCAGGCGGUCCCCUUCAGUGCAUGCACGAUGCUUCUGGACUCGGAGGUGUACAACAUGCCUCUAGAAAAUCAGGGAGAUGAGAACAAAUCUGUCAGAGAUCGUUUCAACGCUCGCCAGUUCAUUUCCUGGCUGCAAGAUGUGGAUGAUAAAUAUGAGCGCAUGAAGACAUGCCUGUUGAUGCGGCAGCAGCACGAAGCGGCAGCCUUGAACGCCGUGCAGCGGAUGGAGUGGCAGCUGAAAGUGCAAGAGUUGGACCCUGCAGGGCACAAGUCUCUCUGCGUGAACGAGGUGCCCUCCUUCUACGUGCCGAUGGUGGACGUGAACGAUGACUUUGUGCUCUUGCCGGCAUGACAGUACCGCACCUGGAGACAUUCUCCCUGCAAACUGGCAUAGGUGGGUGCCCCCGAGGACGGGUGCAGGCGCUCACACACACCCCAACCGCUUGCUGAUGAAUCCCUAGUCAGAAGAGGAGGAAGCAGAGAACCCACGAGAACCCAGGCGGCACUUUCUUCACGACGACGCAUCUCCCGCCAGGCAGGAGGGAGCAGGAGAAGGACCGGCGCUGCUCCUCCCCCACCGAGUCGCUGCCGCGGAAGGACGGCCGCCUGCGGAUGGCAGCGUGGACUGGACGGGAGGGAGGGAGGACGAGAGGCCGACGGGAGCAGGAGCGAUUCUGGGACACUCUCCCGAUGCCACACCAGCCGCCUUGGCGGGGAGCCGGCCGGUGCCGGUCGCACUCACGAGGGCAGCAGCAACAGGCGCUUUGACUUUUCCGUUGGGUUGCGGGUGGCUGUCCCCUUGGAGCAGCUGCAGGGUGAAGCCACAGGGCGGGGGUGGGGGUGGGAUGGGGGUUCCUUCAUUUCUCUUGUUCCAUCCAGACUAUGGUAAAAUCAGUUAACCAGGAAGCCACCCGGCUGGGCCCAGUGGGGAUGCAGGCAGGCAGGGCCCAGCCACCGGCCUUGAGACCCACGAUGUGUUCCAGGUAGCAGUCAAUCUGUGGGGAGACAGCAGCCGCCGGGCCCUGUUCAAUAAAGUGGCGCAGAGCACGGACUUGGCCACUCGGUUUUUAAAUGGAGUAAAAUCCAUACGGUUUAUAUAUAUAUAUAUAUAUAAAUAUAUAUAAAUAUAUAUAUUUUUCCUUUAAUCUUGGGCAUUUCGUUUCUCUUUCUGAGAACAUAACUUGAAAAAAUAAAAAUAAAACACUACAAGAGCCAAUACUCAUAUAAAGAGAAAUUGUAUCCCAUAAAAAGCUGUACAGUUUUUAUAUACAUUAACAAUGUACUUUUGCUGCCUUCUAGAUAAUUUAUUUUGCAACACAUUACUGCACAGUUGUAAAUAACUUAUGUACUGUAACAUCACUUUCAGUCAUGUGUAAAGAAAUAAAUAAAUUAAUGAAAAUUAUCUUUGUAUGUAUAGUUCACCCUAGGCAGCCUCCCCCCCCCCCCCCAAAUUGCCAGGCCAGGGGCCUACAGAGGUGCAUGGCAGAGUUUAGCCUGCCCCCCCUGCCCCCCCGCACAGCAGGUGACCUGUGCCCAAGAGAGUGUUUCCCCACAAUUCCUUCCCACCCCUUCUUGAGUUCAGCAGGGUCUGGGCAUUCUUCAGGAAGCCUGAAGCGGCGCACCCAGUUGGAACAGGGUUCCUUCGGAGCAGAAGGGAGAACUUGCUCAAGCGUAGGACCCCCGUGCGAACAGGAAGGUCCCUCCUCACAUGCUGCAAUUACAAGAGACCUCGUUCUCCGUGAUGCUCUGGAGCAGUCACAGCCCCCCCUCCCAAAAGGAAAGGUGGGGAGGGGAGCAACUGCAGCCAUCUCUUUAGCCAAAGCCUUAAGGACCUUCCCAGGUGUGCCCUGGGAUGCAGCAAGUCUCAGCCCAGGCAGGGCAAGUGCGGCAGCCCCAGGAUCUCUCCCUCUUGCAGGAGAGCGGGCUGAGCCCUUUGUUUCUCAGGGUACCGUGGAUUAUCUGCUCCCGUUUCUACGUAGUGAAGUUCAGUGCUGAUGACCAGAGGCAGCCAGAUCGAUCAACUGUGUCCGAGAUCUGUUGGCAUUCUGCAGGCUAGAGUCGUGGUGUCGUGUGCAGGAGAGACGGCCCUGGCUGAAGCUUUCCUAAGGACCCCGGGGUGCAGCAGGUGUCUGUCUCCUUCAGACGGGUGCCAGAAGAUGGCUUCUUUCUGUGUGAGCUCGGUUGAGUUGAGGGUCUCAGGCUUGCCUUCUGGUGCAGUGGACAGUUGCAGAAAGCCCACCUUUUCACUGGGAGAGAUGGUGGUGAGGGACAAGCCAAGGACCACGUCCUCUGGGGGGAAGCGGAGCGCGGGCAGGUGAGCCACAGGGGAGGAGUUCUUAGCCCAGUUCAGCAGUAAUCCUGCGGACUGUGGUUUCGUUUCCAAAGUGGGGUGAAGAACAUCAUUUGUUUGCUCCUGUAACUUGGGUACUUCAGCCAUAGGAUAAGGCAGAAGCACCGUGACCCGUGCGUGCGUGCAUGUUUGUGUGCCAGCAGUAAUGAAGUGGCGGAAGUUUAAUCCACUUGGCCUGGCGUCCACCUGCACACCCAGAAAGACCCAGCCAAAAGCUUGCUGCAUCGGGCUCUAGCUUCUGCCCUUGGUUUCAGAUGCCUCUGGGAGGGCUCAUUUCACCGCAUCAUCUGAACCAGGCAAGCCUUGGUCCAUUUCCCCGUCGUUCAGCCUGUGGGGCCCUGAUUUGGGUUGCGGGACCACAGGCAGCUCUUGGUCCUGGGUCGGUGUUGGUGAGCACCCAGAUGUUGAGCUGUGCCAGGCAUACAAAGCAGGCAUGCCAGUUGAAAGUUGUUCUCCAUGGUGCCUGGUGAGGCCCUCCUCCCAACCAGUCUGAUACCCCUUGUAAGAGUUUCUCCAAAUGCACCCCAAGCGAGACGCUCCCUUGGUCCUCUCCAGCCCCAUUGAAGACACUGAGCUGGCCUUUUGGACUGCUUAUCUAGAGAACUAGGAUGGGGGUGAGGGGCGAGUGGAGGCCUAGAUGUCCAGCAUUAUCCUGCAGGAGCAGAGAUUGCCUUUGUGGUGCAAUGUUGAACUGGAGAAAAUCUCCAUAGACAUUUCGAAGGGGAAAUGUGCACUUUUGCCGACAGAAUCCACAAGAAUUUGCUCUGGCAACUGUUAACUUGUGCAAAACUGACUAUUGUACUCUCCUCUGCUGCAGAAAACCAGCCUGUCAGCCAUUGUGGAAAACACUUGCGAUUCUGGCUUCACUUUGUCCACAUGAGAGGUUUCCCGCCGAUCUGAGGCUUCGGCCACCUCUGAACUUCACAGAGCUCGUGGCAAGUCAGGUCCGUGCCUUUCCCUUGCUGUUGGGUGCCUUGAUGCGCCCAUGCUUUGUGCAAAUCAUCUCCAUGUCCCUCUCGGUUUCCUUGCUUGUGGGCCGAUCGGCACCUCUCUCGAGCAAACCGGUUGGCGCGGUUAGCAGAGAUGUGCCUGCAAAGACCAGGGGGACAUUUGGUACGUGAGCAUUUUGGGCUACUGACUUCCCGCGCUCUGAAGCAUUUAGAGUGAACAUUCUACCCAAGGAAACAUGGUUUAGGUUUGCACAAAUCAGCCUCAAAGCCCUGUGCCGCUAAAAGGGGCGGGGGACGGGGAGGAGCUGGAAGACCAGAAAGGGGAGCUCAGCCCGUUUGCCCUGGUUCUGCUUUCUCACCGCCCCCCUCCCCUUUGAUAGCCACAGCUGGUGGAAAGACGUCAGAAAUCCCUCCAUAGGGCAGGCGCGCUCUGCUGACUCGGGCCCGGGGCAAGCGCCCCUCCUGGCAUGCUUCUACUACUAGACAGUAUGUAUAUAUCCAUGUAGAUAAUUCUGGCAGGUCAAUUCGCUCCCUUCCGUUUGUACUAGUGCAACUUGCGUAGAAUGUGGGUGAAAACAGCAGCGGGGUGCGUUGUCUGUAAUGUACCAAUGUAAUUUUUUUUUUUUACAAUGUAGUUUGUGUACAUAUUGUUUGGCAGUGCUGGUCCUGCCGCCGCCACUGCUCUGCCGCCACACGACUGUCCUUUAGCUGUGCAACUUCCUGCAGAAAGAGGCAAAGCGAAUACAGAUGUUAUUUUCUACGGUUGCAUGUACAGAGAGAAGCGCAGAGAUGCUGUUGUCCCUCAAGAAAUAAUGUUCGUAAAUAAAUUCUUUUUUAUAAAAAAAAAAAA